ACAAAUUCCACAAUCAAAACCAACAGGAGGGGACUCAUAUCAUCAGAUCAUUAUCAUCACCUCAUAUAAAACCCGCCUUCUCUGUAUCACUGUAUGUGUGAGAGAGUUCUGUACUUUCUGUUCUUUGUUCCCUCCUCUCAGUUCUCUUUUUCUUUCUUCUCGUACCUUCACUAUUUUUCCCCUCUCACCGGGUCGGGUCGUUUCAGAAAAAAACCGUUUCAGGCAACCUCAGCUUCACUCCCGUUCUCUCUCUUUCUACAGAUACGUAUACAAACACGUCUCUGCGUACGAAGGGAAUUUAUAUACUACAAGCUCAAUUUGGAGUAAAAAACAAAAAAAUAGGUGUAAAAUUUUGCAGGAAUUGCUGCUGAAUUCUCUCGUUCACAUACGGUUGGAAAUUCUCGUGAAGAUCUGAUUUAUUUUAUACAAGGUGGUGGUGGUGGUGGUGAAUUGGUGAUGAUUAGGACUAAUUAAUGCACCUGAAUGAUUUGAUUGCUGGAUUGAUUUUCUGAACUUAGCUCAGAAAAUAUUUCUGUCCCCGCCGGAACGGCUGUUUGUUGAUGCUCAUCUAAGAGAGGAGACCAAAUAAAAAAGAAAAAUUCUCCAGGCUGCUGUUGAUUUUCCGUCGUGAGAGAUGGUUGCUUUUGGGAAGAAGUUGAAGGAGCGACAAAUUCAAGAAUGGCAGGGAUAUUAUAUCAACUACAAGUUAAUGAAGAAAAAGGUGAAACAAUAUUCUCUCCAAAUGCAAGCUGGAGCACUAGAUCGAAGAUAUGUUCUCAAGGAUUUCUCCCGCAUGUUGGAUAACCAGAUUGAGAAGAUUGUUCUGUUUUUGUUGGAGCAACAAGGCCUGCUAGCCAGCAGGAUUGAGAAACUUAAUGAGCAGCAAGAUGCUCUGCAGGAGCAGCCUGAGAUAAGCAAAAUAUCUGAGCUCCGUGAGGCAUAUAGAGAUGUUGGCAGAGAUCUAUUGAAGCUUCUCUUUUUUGUGGAAGUCAAUGCAGUCGGACUGAGAAAGAUCCUUAAGAAGUUUGAUAAACGUUUUGGCUCUAGAUUCACUGAUUAUUAUGUUAAAACUCGUGCCAAUCAUCCAUAUUCCCAGCUCCAGCAAGUUUUUAAGCAUGUGGGAUUAGGAGCAGUGGUUGGAGCUAUAUCUCGCAAUCUUGGAGAGCUACAGGAUCGUCAGGGGAGCUAUUUGUCGAUUUAUGACCAGCCCGCUCUACCCCUGCAGGAUCCUGUCGUUGACUCAUUACAAUCUGCUGUUGAUAGAUUAACCUAUUCAACCAAUUUCCUCCAUUUUCUAGCUCAACAUGCCCUUAUUAUGCAAGAGGAGUUACCUAGUCCUGUGGAGGAGCAAGCGGAAGAUGGAAGAUACCACUUCAUGUCUCUUUUAUUGAACUUGGCCAAUACAUUUCUGUAUAUGGUCAAUACUUACAUCAUUGUUCCUACUGCUGAUGACUACUCAAUGAGCCUUGGAGCUGCUGCAACAGUGUGUGGUGUUGUAAUUGGAGCCAUGGCUGUCGCUCAAAUUUUCUCCUCUGUGUACUUCAGUGCUUGGUCUAACAGAUCAUAUUUCAAGCCUUUGGUCUUUAGCAGUAUCGUUCUUUUUCUUGGAAAUACUCUAUAUGCGCUAGCUUAUGAUUGCAAUUCAAUAGCUAUUCUUCUGAUUGGACGACUGAUGUGCGGUUUGGGUUCGGCUAGAGCUGUAAACCGGCGUUAUAUAAGUGACUGCGUACCACUUAAAAUUCGGAUGCAAGCAUCGGCUGGUUUUGUUAGUGCCAGUGCCCUUGGAAUGGCAUGUGGUCCUGCACUAGCUGGGUUGCUCCAGACUAAAUUUAAAGUGUACAAGCUCACAUUCAAUCAGGACACAUUGCCGGGAUGGGUUAUGGCCAUAGCAUGGCUGGCCUACCUAAUAUGGUUGUGGAUAUCGUUCAGAGAACCUGCUCAUGAGACAGAAGCAAACCCAGUAUCAGAAGGGUCAAAAAAAGUGACAGUCGACAGUGAUGCUCUCGAAAAGGGCGUUGCUCAACCGUUGCUUCUUACCACGGAGGAGCAUGCGCAACAAGAUGAUGAUCAAGACUAUGACGAAAGCGAAGAAGCUUCUGAGGAUUCCCGUUUACCUGCAACCUCUAUAGGAUCUGCGUACAGACUGCUUACACCUUCUGUGAAGGUUCAGCUAUUGAUUUAUUUCAUGUUAAAAUAUGUGAUGGAGAUUUUACUCUCAGAAUCAAGUGUUGUUACUACAUACUACUUUGGCUGGUCUACAAGCUCGGUUUCCAUUUUUCUGGCAUGCCUUGGCUUGACAGUUCUACCUGUGAACAUUUUUGUUGGGAGCUACAUUAGUAACAUGUUCGAGGACAGGUAUAUACUACAGAAUGUGGCAUAUUGAAAUCAUAAUAGUUCUCUUUUUGUUGAGUGGAACAUUAUGUUUUGGGUUUAUGGGUGCAAUGAAUUAGUAGAACAUUACAUUUUAGUUUUGGGGAUGCAGUGAAUUUGAUGUGUAGCAAUGAGGUCUGAGGUUGAUUUCUUUAUUGACUACCGUAUAUGUGGAUUUGUUAUCUGAAGUUUAAGAAAGUAUUUUACCAUUGAGAAUGUCGUGGUAUCUUGAUGAUCUUGAUGAUGGUGGCCAUAGAAAUUGGAAAGGGGAAACUUUUGAACUGAUUUUUUUAACCCCUUCAGUAAAAUCAUUUCCCUUCCUGUUUUGGUCCAUUUUAAUGCUUGGAAGAGCAUGUCAGAGGUGAACGGUCAUGAAAAUUGGAAAAUGCAACUCAAAGAGUAUUAAGAAGUGUUGUAUGUUUGUCAUUCCAUUUCUCUUUCCUUUGGGCCUAUGUAAAUGUGAAGGUGACUUCUGUGCAUGCUCAGGAGUUUUAAAGCAGCUUUGUGAAGUUUUAUACGCUUUCAUACAGCAAGAGUUGAUGAAUCUUUUCUCAAAAUUUUUCAUGCAGGCAAAUUCUAAUUGCUUCUGAAAUUAUGGUUCUACUUGGUAUAAUCUUCAGCUUUGAAGCAUUUGUGCGAUAUUCUGUUCCGCAGUAUGUUACUUCAGGGCUCAUAAUGUUUGUGUCCGCUGAAGUAUUGGAAGGUAAGAUCCAUCCUUGUCUUUCAAGCAUUGUUAUCUUUAGGGGGAAGCAGAAAUAUUGGCCAUCAUAUUAACCAUGAUGGUAUUUUCCCUGUUCCUAGUGAAACUUGCUUCAAAUGCAGAGGAGAUUAAAUUUGAUUCAUUUUUAAAUUACAUCUUCACAGUUUACAAUGGAUUUUUUUCAGCACUACUUGAAUGAGAUUAAAAUGCAUUACAAUGUUAUACUAACCUAGAAGCGUAACCAUUACAAUGCGAGGCUGUAGAAUCUUUUAAAAUGGUGAUUCUCAUGUUUGAGAACGGCGUACUGUUAGGUGAGGGAAUAAGCCAAGUAUUUUGCAACUUUAGACUCCAACUGUCCAAAAACAAUUAGAUGUCAGGUUUCUUGAAUUAUUUUAUUCUUAGAAGUAGAGAUGUAAAACUAUUAUUAUGGGAUGAAUGCCUUUCUGACCAUCGAUGUGGCUCCCUUCCUCAUUAUAUCCCCGGCAAACUGAUAAAGAAGUGGUGCUUUUAUCUUCAUGUCAUGGAGAUUUCGUUUUCGGCUUCCUUUACUAGCUGGAUUUGAGUGAUCUAUCAAACAUUAACUAACGAGAUGAUGGUAUGGUUGUUAAUGCAGGCGUCAAUUUGUCGCUCCUCUCUCGAGUGAUGUCAUCUAGGCUUUCUCGUGGAACUUAUAAUGGUGGCCUUUUGUCAACUGAAGCCGGGACAAUUGCUCGGGUGAUUGCGGAUGCAACGAUCACUCUGGCUGGUUAUUUAGGGGAGAGUAAGCUCCUGAAUGUCACACUGCUUCCGUCGCUGGUGAUCUGCGUGGGAUCGAUUAUAGCUACCUGUUAUACCUACAACUCGUUAUACUAGGACGACAAGGUCAUACCGUGCGUUCUAGUUCAACGAUAUGUCUGUCCAUAAGGUGGUGGGUAUAAUUUCGUGUAAUUCAAUCAUUUGUCCAUUUUUAUCAGUUUAUUAUUUCAUUGAUUGAUGGCUUUGUUUAAGCCAUGAGGAUUAUAUAUUGUUGAUAGUCUUAUCAAUUUUUUUUUAAAGAUAGUAAUUUAGGUGGAAAAAAAAAAAAACCCGGAGUGCCAAACCGUCCAAACGUCCACCUUCACAAUUUUGAUUUCCCAUAAACGUCCACCUUCACCAUCCAUUUGACAGUGUAGUGUUCCAGUUGUCUGUAAUCUGUAUGUAAUAUAUGUCAAUGAUAAAUUCCGAAAUUUAUUAUUCACAAAUUACCGUUUUGUGAUUCCGUUGAGUAGAAUUAGAACGUGGUUAAAAUAUAACAUUGUCA